AUGAAGAGGAACCCAGAGACCUUUAGUCGGGCAUACUUCAAGACCACAUCAACAUGUGAGGAUGCACUGAACAACUUCUCAGAGUCAUACAACAGUGCAAUUGAGAAGGCCCGUGCCUUACCUUUGGUUGAGAUGCUUGAGACCAUUAGAAGACAAGCAAUGCUCAGGAUAGACGUAAGGAAGAAAGAGUCACUGAAGCAUAAAGGAAAGUUCAGUCUUAAAGUUGGUAAGGUCAUUGCUAUUGAAGAGCUUCACAGAAAAUAUUGUAGGAUCUAUCCUGGACCAACGGGACAGUUUGAAGUUAAAGAGAAGUCAGUCUCAUAUAAAGUUAACAUGAAGUCACACACAUGUGCUUGUAGAAGGUGGGACUUAUCAGGGAUACCAUGCCGCCAUGCCUUGCGUGUUGUUCAGGAUAAGAAGACAUACAUGACAGAAGAUUUGAUCUCACAUUGGUAUCUGACAUCUACAAGGCAGGCUCAGUACUCAGAUAACAUUAAACCAAUGAACGGUAUGAAGUUUUGGAACGCAAGUGGUGAAGAAACUAUUGAACCACCAGCAAGAGAUAAAUCAAAGCGCCGGAAGAAGAACCAUGCUAAGCGUAUGAAGAGUGUUCAUGAGUCUCCAAUGAAGGGUAAGAAAGUGACCCAACACUCAAGGACAAUGCAUUGCUCUCGAUGUGGGUUGGCUGGUCACAAUUCUCUAGGAUGUUCUAAUGGUGGAGUUCCACUUAAGCCUCGCCCACCUAAGAAGAAAGCAAAAACACAACAAAUGGUUGAUUCAGUUUCACUUGAUGUUGGAGAGGGACCAAGUCAACCAUCUCUGUCUUCUGUUACUUUUGAUUGA